AUGACAGAGACCGCACCGCUUUCAAAUCUAGAGAACCCGGGACCUGAAAUUCACACAAAUUUCCACACCCGUGUUCCGGUUGUUUUUGAAAAAGUUCCAGAACCCUCACCAAUAGUAUCCAUACCAGUAAAUUCAGAAGAUAAAAGUCCGCCUUUACGCGAACUUUCCGAUCAGUCUAAUGCUGAACAAGAAGCACAAAUCAGCGGUUCACCCACUAACCCCUCCCUCCCUCCUAAUUCUGAAGUUGAAGAAACUUACCAAGCUUCCGAAACUACAUUUGAAAGAAUAGAAGAUGAGGAAACAAAUGAUUGCCCUUGUCAAAAAUUCAGUGUAGCACCAGGUUCAGCAACUUGCACUAACUGUGAUAGAUUGGUUCCUGCUUUGGCAGAAUUAUAUAGACAACGUUUGCAGUAUAUUGAUGAUUUAGAUGUCGCCGAUAUUAAAAUCAAAGAAGAAUGUAAAAAAUCCGAACAACAGGAAAACGAAAUUGAAUCUUUAAAAAAGAAAGUAAUCGAACUGGAAGAUCAAAUAGAUGCAAGAACCGAUGAAUUAAACGAUUUACAAAAACAAAUAAAGGCAAAAACCGAUGAAUUAGAUUUAAGAGCCAACGAAGUAAAUGAUUUGCAGAGAGCAAUGAAUGUAUUGAAUGAGAAAUACGUUGAUGAAAUUGACAAAGUAGCUGAAUUACAACACUCUAAAGAUAUGGUCGAAGGAGAGUUGGAAGAAUUAAGUCGAUCACUCUUUGAACAAGCGAACAAAAUGGUGGCCAAAGAAGCCAAGCAGAGAUAUGAAUUGGAGGUUCAAAGAAAAUCAUUAGAAAAUCAGCUUCAAGAAACCAAAGAAAGAUUAUUGGCUGAAAGUUCUCAAUUACAAGAAUUACGGGAGCGAAUGCAACAAAUGGUACAACAACAACCAGAACCCGAUAGUAAGCGUUCUAGUAAUCAUAGUGAUCCUGCAUUCAGAGCCAGCGUCGAUUUGGCUGAACUUUUCGGCCUUCGAGAGAAAUCUCCAGAUGCAGCAGCAAUAUUACCAUCGCCAACCGGAGAGGAUGGAAUUGGGAUUGAUGACGAAUUACUUUCUGAAUUUAGGGACUUUGUUAAUCAAAGCACAUCUUCGCCAAUUAAAAAGAUUCAUACUUUGCCAUUUAUGCGGCAUUGUCUUGAGGAAGAUGUGGAUCCUUGCAUGCGAUUUGGUAAUAAUCCAAGAGUUUCAGCUCGUAGAAUUGUUGACGCUAUCGUUGCCAAUACGUGUUGUAUUGAGGAGGCACCUUUUGGGGCUGAUAAAGAAUUAGCGCUAAAUCACACUUCACCAAUCCGUAAUUCUGCGGCUAAACCAAUAUUCUGGGGAUUUCCUACAAAUACAACUGCGACGCCACGUGCUGGCUGUCAAUGCUGUGGUCGACCUGGCUCACUACCAUUCCAAUAUCGUAUUACUCCACUUGAUGAUUGGUCACUAAUUGACCGAUAUUGUCGUGAUAGAUUAGUUGCAGUAUGCGAGUUUUAUGUCUUUAUUCGCAAUGUUCACCAAGGCUUUUAUAAUAAUCGAAAAAUUGAAGAUUUAUACGCGGAAUGCUUGCGCUUAAGAUUGCAAAUGUUUUAUGCAAGACUUGGAGCAUUACCUUCCGUUCUUAAUACUCUUGGAAUUAAAGGAACUGAAUUGGCGUCAGCACGAAAGCCAUCAUUGCCAUUGUAUGAAUUUAAUGAAAAGCAUAUUAAUCGAAUUGACGAUGGUACAUACGAAGAAGCAAAUUAUCCAAAUCUAUCAAAUGGAAAUACACCAUCUUCACCAUUAACACCCUCUUCACCUACUGAGCCUGCAAUAUCAGUGUCUCAUCCUAGUACACCGACGCCUGUUGCUGCGCUAGCUUCGUUAACGCUGCUUCGAAACCAUCUUUAUCGUAAGGUUAAAAACGAACAAGCUGAGGCAGGGCCGGUGGCACUGACGCUACAUGGCCUGCUUGAGAAGUUGAAUGAGCCUCUACCUCGACAUAAAUCUUUUCUACCGAGUGAAAUCAUUUGGGCUCUACAAGCUAAUGCAAGAAAGCUUAUCAAUCGUGAACAGCAAGACGCUCAUGAAUUAUUUGCUUUAUUAUCUUCCGCACUUUCUGACGAGGAGGAGGCAAUGAAACGUCCGAAACCAUUAUUCGACCUUUCUAUUAUCAAGAAUCUUGUGGAUCCGAAUCUCCAACAGACUUUACCCACUUUCACUGAUCCUGUUGAGAAAAAUCCUUUACUUGGAUUGACAGCAUGUCGUAUUUCUUGUAUGCAAUGCGGACAUUCUGGCCCGAUCAGGCACACCACUUUCGAUCAUAUUUCGGUUCCCCUUCCUCAUGCCACUAAUUGUACUUUGGAACAAGUGCUCAGAUCUUAUACUAGCUUGGAAUUUAUCGACGAAUUUAAUUGUAGGAAUUGCGGAUUAUUGGAAACUUUGUCGUCGAUAGAGGAGAGAUUAAAACAAAUUCGUGGUGAAGAUGAUUAUGAAACAAUGAAAUUGCGAAAACAAUUAAUCGCCGAGAAACAAAUAGUCAAAGUAGCUUUGACGAACGAAAUGGAAAUCGAAGAUCAGCUAGUGGCAGCGACUUUUAAGAAUAUCAAAACUUCGGCUACUAAGCAAACUAUGUUUGCAAGAUUGCCGUCAAUUUUCGCGACUCAUUUUUCAAGGACUAUAUAUGUUCCGAAUGCAUUUGGUGGGAUGAUGUUAAAGAAUCCAUGUCAAGUUAAGUUUCCUGCUGUAUUGAAUAUGGAAUCAUUUCUUUCCACUGGAUAUUUGGCAAAUAUGCCAAGUGAGCCGAGCCUAUCCUCGAGCAGUUCUCCAUCAUCUUCUCCUAUCUUGGCAGCAGUUGGUGUGAUGGGUGGUGGGCAUUUACAGCGAUAUGACAGUAAACCGUUUAAUCCAAUUGGCAGCAACAAUUAUUGCUACGGAACAAGUGCGAGUAGUAAUAAUAAUCAUAACAGCGUAAAACUACAAGAAGCGAAAGAAGAUGCGCGUGGAGGCUAUUAUCGCUUAAGUGCUGUGAUUGUGCAUCUUGGAGACCAUAGUCGAGGACAUUUUGUCACAUAUCGAAGGCAAUCAAAAGAUGAAGGUUCAAGUACUUGGUGGCGCGCUUCAGACGAAGAUGUUCGAGAAGUCGGAAUUGAUACUGUUUUGAGAGAAGAAGCUUAUAUGUUAUUCUAUGAGAGGAUGGAAAAAGUGAAUAAUAAAGCAACAGAGAUCGAUCGACGUCAUAUUAAGAAAUCAGACUUCGAAUAA